AUUUCGAAAGUUUCAUUUCAUUUUCGAACUUCAUUAUGUCUGGACGUGGUAAAGGAGGCAAAGUAAAGGGAAAGAGCAAGACUCGAUCCAGCCGUGCAGGUCUGCAAUUUCCAGUCGGCCGUAUCCAUCGUCUGCUGCGUAAGGGAAAUUAUGCCGAAAGAGUCGGAGCUGGUGCACCAGUGUAUUUAGCUGCUGUGCUCGAAUACUUGGCUGCUGAGGUUUUGGAGUUGGCAGGUAAUGCUGCAAGGGACAACAAAAAGACCAGAAUUAUCCCAAGACAUCUCCAGCUCGCCAUCAGAAACGAUGAAGAGUUGAACAAGCUUCUGUCAGGAGUCACCAUUGCUCAAGGUGGUGUUCUCCCCAACAUCCAAGCUGUCUUACUCCCCAAAAAGACCGAAAAGAAAGCAUAAAUCCCCUGCACACGGUGGAGGAAAAAAAA